AUGAAGGGCGAUCAUGACCACACAAUGGCUCCGUCCGAGCAGUCAGCCAUUGCCUCAGUGGUCUCAUGUGAACCCUCACCAGAUGGCAAACUUCAAGCUGAGCAUGCAGACUACCCGCAAACCCACCUCCGAAAGCGCUUCACACUUGUAUCAACAAUCGCAUUCGGUUUCACCACCAUGAACUCCUGGGUCGCUUUUGCCUCAGGUCUUGCCGUUCCUCUCUCAUGCGGCGCUGGGCCAACUCUCAUCUACGGUCUUCUCGUCGGUGGCAUUAUCAUGGCCAUCCUCGCAGCAGGCUACGCAGAGCUAGCUUCGGCAUUCCCAUCUGCAGGUGGCCAGUACCAUAUCGUGUACAUGACGUUCCCAGCGACAACACGUCGAUUCGCUGCCUUCUUUACCGGGUGGAUGUCGAUUUUGUACACCAUGGGAGCCACCGCGUCAUGCAGCUUCUUUGUCGCACAGUCGAUCCUUAGCCUGGUAUCUUUGUGGAAUGAGACCUAUGUUGCUCAGAGCUGGCAUGUAUAUCUCGUCCACAUCUGCCUUUGUACCAUUGCUUUCCUAGCUGCAUCACGAUUCCCAGCUGCCAUUGGAAGUAUCGGUGUUUCAGUGUUCUGGCUGUCGAUCAUCGGCUUUAUCGCAUCGCUUGCAACGCUCUUGGCAGUUCAAGAAGUCAAACAGCCUAGUAGAUUUGUCUUUACAGAAUUCACGAAUGUUUCUGGGUGGACAGAUGGAUGGGCUGCUAUGAUCGGUCUCGCGAGCUGUCUCUGGGCUUAUUGCGGUAUUGACGCACCGAGUCAUCUCUCUGAAGAGGUCGACAACCCAAGCCGAAACAUCCCCAUCGCCAUCGGCGCCACUAUCAUACUCGGAAUCAUCACCGUGAUUGCUUGGAACAUCGGUCUUACGUAUGCCAUCAAAGACGUUCAAGGACUUAUUGCUUCGGGUGCUCCGAUCAUGGAAGUGUACAAUCAAGCUCUGGGCUCCAAGACCGCAACGACGAUAUGGGCGAUUUACUACAUCCUCAUUUUCUAUCACAUCAUUCUCAACCUUUUCGUGUUUUCUUCACGCAUUUUGUGGUCCUUCGCACGAGACGGCGGUGUUCCCUAUUCUGCCUAUGUCUCUCGCCUCAGAUGGUCCAACCCAGCCCGCGCAACAGCCAUCAUGCUCUGUCUCCAAAUCAUCAUCGGUAUCCUCUACAUCGCUUCGAAAACAGCUUAUAGUAGCUUCAUCAACCUGACCCUAUUUGCACUCAACAUCACGGUUGUAUUGCCACAAACUGUCUUGUUAUUCACAGGUCGCGAUUCACUGCCAAAGCGGGCUUUCUCGUUGGGUCGAUAUGGAUAUGUUGUCAAUACGCUGGCAACAAUCUUCAUGCUUUUCUUUAGUGUUGUGUUUGCAUUUCCUGUUACUCGGCCUGUUACUGGAAGUUCCAUGAAUUAUCUAGUUGUUAUAUUCGUAGUCAGUCUGAUCUUCAUUGUCUCAUCUUGGCUAUUGGGUCUUUCCAGACGAUUCACGGGGCCAUCAGAGGGAACUUUACAUAUUUGA